AUGAAUUUUCUUGAAAAAAUCAGAAGUGGGAUCUUGGCCAUAAAGAAAAUAGCAGAGAACUAGGAAAUACACUAAAUUUGUGAUCGCUUAAUGGACACUCUUCGAUUGCAGGACUACCCAAAAUAUUUGGAUAGGAUAGUGCUUCAAGAUGUUCGUGUAUAGAAUUUAAUGAUGUUAGAUAGAGCAUUUAUAAAAUUAAUGCAAUUUUCUAAAGAAUCUUAAAAAAAUCAAUGAGAAUGAACAGGUCUUUAAUAUUUUAUUGAAAAAUGAGGAAGAAACUUAUCGGCUAAAUAAAUGUGUAUAGGAAUUAUAACAGAACAAUGAGAAUUUGAUGAAAUAAAUUUACACCUAUGAAAGAAUGCUGAACGUUUUGAAUCAAAAUUAGGACGAUCAGAUUUAUCACUUAAAUAAGAUAAAGGUCUGGUAAGUAUUACAAACUAAUUUAGGAGUAGAGUAUGGAAAUUGUGCAGUUGAAAAUGAAAUUGUAAGACCAAGAAAAUGUACUCUCGAAUCCUUCGUAAUUGAAGAAACAAAUUAAAUUAUUAGAGAGCAAGAAGAAAUGA